AACGGCGAACAUCGUUUUAACUAAUUUUCUCUCACUUUUAAUGAACGAUAGAGAAAGCGCGAUUAGGCAUUGGGAACAUAUAGUAAAUGAAGAUUUUGCGAGAACUAUCUUAUGUUUUAAGAUACUUUAUGCAACUAUAAUGUGAGUUCCUGUGAAAGAGUUCAUGAAUUUUCAGAUUUUCAUUCAUAAUUUUGGAAAAUUCUUAAUUGUGACUACGUUUACAUUCGAAUUUACAAUUCAGUUCUCAAGAAUUUCGCGCGCGUGAUCCUGAUAUUUUCAGUUUUAAGCAAAUUAUCCUUAAUCCAUCGCGUUCUUCAGAUAUUUUCCAAAGGUGUAUUUCCCGCAAAUCUUUGAGUGUGAAACCUUUUCCCAAUUCCUGAAACACGGCAAAGUACCUUUAAAAAGUGUGGCUCUAAAAUCCCCGAAAAUAUAUCAAUAAAACGGAUUUGUGGGUGAAACUAAUCUAACUUGAAAAUAUAGAUUCAAAGUUUCGUAUUUUCGGUGUUCAGUUUAAGCGAAAUAGAUGUGAAUUUUGCAUAGUAACAGUGGAGUGAUUGUGAGGAAGGAAUAGAAUUGAUUUCGUUCCGAAAAGGACAUUUUGUAUAACGUACUUUUGUCGUAUAUCCAACUACUUACCCACAAUUGAUUUGUCGCCGGCAAAUUGAAUCGAAAAGAUACAUUUCUCACACAAGGAUUAGGAUCACCGAAGGAUUUCGUUUGUUCGUUUUCUAUAUUGAAAGGAUUUAGGACCGUAAAUCUAUUGGAAAUUGUGCGGUUUUUUGAAAUAUCUAGCCUUCACCUCAUCCUCUUCAUUGAUCUCGAAAUCUAUUGGAAAAAGCAAAUGAAAAAAAGUGACAAAAUUUUUGGAUAUCUAUAUUGGCGGUAAAACAGUGGAUGUUUCCGGAGAAGUGGAUUUAUUCGAAUGAAUCUUGAUUUUGAAUGACAUCUAUUGAAUAAAAACGAGUUAAUCGGCUGAAAAGCCGAGUAGACACGACGUGGCGGUACCGUGUGUAAAUAUUUAGCAACUGUAACUUACUCUCCAAAAAUGGCAAAAUCAAGUCAAUAUUUAUCAAGUCGACAGGUGCAAUAUAGUUGUAGCCGCAGCAAAUAUUGGCUAUCCUUUGUAUUAAUCCUUUUAGCAACUGUUAGUACAAUUCAUGCACAAUGUCCAUGGCAACGAGAAAUUCCAGACUUGCAAACGUCCUGUCUAUGCGCAUACAAUUUAGGACAUGAAUUAUCAGUGCAAUGUGAUCAAGUCAAUUUUCCAGUUCUAAUCGAUGCCUUAAAUCGUUACGCCAAAAACACUCCAAUCGAUUUACUCUACAUUAACAAUUCAACAAUUGAGAAACUUGAAAACGAUGUUUUCGCCAAUCUUCAACUACACAAUGUCCAAUUGAGUAGCUGCAAGAUAAAACAAAUACAAGAUACUAGUUUUAAGGGGCAAGAGAACUUGCUAAAAAAUUUAAAUCUUCAAGACAACUUACUUGAAGAAGUUCCUAUCAAGGCACUGCGCACACUAUCCAUAUUAAAUCUGCUAGAUUUAUCCAAAAAUAGAAUAACAUGGAUACCAGAUAACGCCUUUGAAGGACUAGAGAAGCUGUCGACUCUGAAAUUGAAUGAUAACAACGUUACGCUAUCACCCAACGCAUUUCGUGGAUUAGAGGAAAGUUUGAAAAAUUUGAAUCUGAAAGGAACUCGUCAGAAACGUGUCCCUGAAUCUGUUCGCGGAUUGAAAUUGUUAGCAUUCUUAGAUCUAUCACAGAACGGAAUACGUGAAUUGCCGGGACCAGGUGGCGUUCGAACUUUCGAAGGACUCGAUUCGUUAACUGCCUUAAAUUUAGAGCGAAAUUUAAUACAAAAUUUAGGAGAGAAUGCAUUCACGGGUGUUCGUAAAUCGUUGAGUUCUUUGAGUCUUUUAAAUAAUUUACUAUCCGAGUUUCCUGUUGGUGCUAUUCAUCCCUUGCGAGAAUUGCGUGUUCUCGAUAUUGGUUUCAAUUUACUCACGGCACUGCCAGAUGUUGCUUUCCGUGGAAAUCCAAGUUUAACCCUGUUAGCCUUAGAUGGAAAUCCAUUACCUACUGUUCCUGAGAAGGCAUUGUUGCAUUUAAAUCAGACUUUGCGUGGAUUAUCAUUAGGUGGCCGGUUCUUACACUGUGACUGUAAGUUAAAAUGGGUCGCCAAUUGGAUACGUAAUGGUGAUUUACAGGUGACAUCUCGCGAACGUAAUCCACAAUUCUGCGGCACACCAUCCCGAUUCAGGGAUCGUGGUUUCUACUCAAUUCAACCAGACGAAUUGACCUGCCCCGAAUCUGAUGUAGACUUAAAUGGACCCGUAGGCCUGGUUGAUUCUCUGAUUCCUACAAAACGAACAUCGGCAGCACCAUCCACAACAGCUGCCUCGUCGACCACAACAGAAGCUCCAACGCAAUCAACAACUGCCACUACAACAACUAAGAAAGCUACCCAAUCUACGACACAAGCACCCAUUGAAGAAAGUUCAACAGUUUCAGCGGUACCAAUUUCAACCACAAAAGUAACAACAACAAAAGCACCACCAACCCCACCAAAAACGCAACCCCCUACAGCAACAGUAGUAGUUACAACGCUGAACCCAAGCACGCUCAAAACGGCCGCCACUCAGCAUCAAUCCCCCAGUAAAACUCAAUCGACGUGGCGUCAAAACAAUUCGCCUCACAAGCAACAACGUCCACCUCUAGUUCUUGGCUUCCCACCUCAACGUGGCACUCGUAUCGAUGAUGCCAACGAAGUACAGGUGAAAAACGCAUUCCGUCAGGAUAGCUCCGUAAUCAUACAAUGGGAUUCGGAUACGGCCAAUAUAUUAGGAUUCCGCGUUGUUUACCGUUUGUUCGGUGAAAAAACUUUCAAACAAGGACCACCACUAGAGGCAAGCGAGCGAGAGUUCAAAAUCAAAAAUGUCCCAGGACAGGAGUGUAUCGUUGUUUGUGUUAUAUCGCUGGAGGAAUUGAAUGUUACACCCGACAAUGUUCCGUACUCACAAUGCCGUGAAGUGAGAACCUCGUCAUCGCAAACGUCCAAUAUGGAUAAGAUUACGAUAGCAGCCAGUGCAGCGAUCUGUGGAACGAUUAUUGUUGCAGUUAUUGUGUUUUUGGCAGCAAGCAGAAGACGUUCCCGUAAGCUUCAAGCUCUCAACUCGCAGCAAAAGAGUCCGUUACCGAUGGGAGGUCUACCAGUAAAUUGUUGUGGCCCAACAGGAAGUCCAGGACCAUUGGGAUCGAUUGCUACACUAUCAGCAUUCAACAAUCACAAGGAUUGGGAUCAAGUGUCAGCGUAUAGUGGUCGAUCGAUUCCUCGACCGAGAAUUUACCCAAUGGAAAAUCAGGGAAUUGCCGACGAUUUAAGGAGUCAUGCAUCACAUUUUUCUGGAAUGGGAAAAGUCGGAAAAGCCAGAUCAAUAGCCGACGGUCAAUCACAGCAUAGCUUCUCAAAUAAUUCACAUCGAGGCUAUUUGGGAUCAGCCUUUCCAACAAAUCUCGUAAAUUCCCGUCCUGAAUUAAGACAGUCGCGACAAUCAUUGGCCGCUGCAUCAGAACGCAUGUCGCGAGCAUCAUAUGCUGGUUCUGUUCAUGGUCCACAAAGUAUAGCAUCAAGCUCGCGAAGAUCUCGGCCACGAUCACGGUCCCGCGAUCAUCUAAAUAGUGCACAUCUUCAUAAUCAUAGACCAGGAAGUCGAUAUUCAACGGCCGGUUCAACACACACUCUAAACAAUUAUUGUGACACAUCUGAUAAUUGGACCGAUCAUGAUAUGGAUAUUUACAUGGCGAGAAAUGCUACAACACGCAAUGGAUUGGUGCCAUUAUGAGGGCAACUUAUCAUUUCUUGAUAUUUUGAUGUUAUACUUAAUCUAGAUGAGGUUUUCUGACAACGAUGGAGCAUACGUUCGGUCAUGGACCAUUUCGUAGAGAAUGACUAUGACCAACGUAUGUUUUCACUUAUAUAUCGUCGUCAAUUAUAUGAAAUGGAAUUGAUAAGUAGCCGUAAUAUUUUUAAUAAUACAAUGUUUAGUUGUAGUCAGAAUAGUGGUAAUAUUCAUACAUUGAAUGAUUUUAAUAAUGAUCAAUAUUAUUAUAAUAUGUAUUAUUGCUAUUAUCCAACUUAUGAUAGCCUAAGGAUGCGACAACUAUUGAAUAAUAGCGAAAUUAAUAAUAGUACUAGUAUUGGUGCAAUUAGCAAUGAUAAUAUCAAUGAUAGUUUCAUGUAAAACCUCUCGAAUUGGUGCAUAAUUUAUACACAAUUAAAGAAAAAUUACAAAAAAAAAAGAAAAACAAAAGAAUAUACUCAUAAUUUUAAAAAUUCAUCUUCCUAUCAUAAGCACUAAGAAAGAUAGUAAAAUUUAUAAAAAGGACCAAAGGAUUAAUGAAAUUUUCAAUUUAUCCUUACGUAAAAAAAUAUAGAACUUUAAAAUUAUGAUGGGAAGAUGACUAAUUUUAUAAAACAUAUCAUCAUUUUCUAUCAUCUAGAUAAAACAUAGAGCACAUAAACAAAACAGCUAAAAUUAUCUAAAACCAGUAGUUCGGUGUCUAUUAGCUAAAUAAACAUACAUAUAAUACAUUCCAUAGAAGCAGACUCUUAAAAGAAAAUUACAGACAUAACAGAAUGAAACAGUCAUUAUUAGAGUCAAUGUGACUAAUAAAAAUUAAAACUUAAGGUAGCCCAAAGAUUUUUUAGAUAUGAGCAUGAAAACAAGAUUUUAUGACUUUUUUUAAAAGAAGGAAAUAUUUUUUUUGUGUUUUUUCAUGAAAGGAUCAAUAUCCUUUCAUAAAAUUACACCAUCAAUGAAAUAAUUAGGGCAAUCUCGUUGAGAGCGGUGAUUAGUCAAGUUAACAAAAUUCAUUGGUAAAAUCUAUUGGGUAUUUAAAUAAAUAGAGAAGUUAACAUUUUUUUUAGAAAUAUAUUUAUAAGAAUGCAAUACAAAAUUAUUAUAAUACAAGAAAAUAUAUGUAAAAAAAAGAUUUCAUAAUA